UGCACGCCAAUAACCUUCUACUUACAUCACACUCAAUUGCAACAGUUUAUUUCUAUGUUGUCUUCAAUUUUUCAAUUACUUCCAUUUUAUCCUCAAAUGUCUUCACCCAAAACCAUUCAUUCAUUUCAGAUACACUUCCCUUUGUCUAUAGUAACCUGUAGCAACAGUAUUAUCUACUACAUCUAUAGGUCAGAGUUCACAACAUUUGAUCCAGUUUUCUCUUAUACAAACAACCUUGCUGCUGAAAACUACAAAAGGCUCUGAACCUUACUCCUGCUACCUUAGAGCCAAUGCGGUCAGAGGUCUUUUGCUCGUCAGAGCCCGACGGCAGUCAUUCACUCAGAGACCGGUGAAGCAGGCUGGACACACAAACAACAGGCUCUGGUUGAAACGUGAGAUCUUUUUACAGGGACGCUCUAGAAUCUCUUUCAGAGAUGUGCCAUCCAAGCUUGCUGGCACUUGCAGUGCUGCUAUGCUCCACAUUGUUGGUAAAUGGAGGGAAAGUCUUGGUGUUCCCUGUGGAUGGAAGUCACUGGAUCAACAUGAAUAUAAUCAUCGAAGAGCUUAACUCCAGAGGUCAUGAAGUCACAGUGGUGCGGCCAAACGACACCUGGUACAUCAAGUCAGAGUCCCCCGACUACAAGACCAUCACUAUAAAGUUCUCGAAUGGUUUUAACAAAGAGCACUUUGAGGCAUUUGUGAUGGAAACACUGACCAUGCGUCGACAAGGUGCUUCACUGUGGACUCGAUUAUCAAUGGAGCAUGACUUAGUGAAACAGUUGUAUCAAAUGCAUGUCAAGGUGCUUGAGAUGGUGGAGGGAAUGUUUGAGGAUACCAAGCUGAUGCAGAGCCUCCGUGAUGCCAAAUAUGAUUUGGUUCUGACUGAUCCUACGAUUGGUACAGGUGUUCUUAUGGCUCACCGUUUGGGUCUUCCACUUGUCUUUAAUGUCCGAUGGACUAUUCAGGGUGAAGGCCAUCUAGCAAUUGCACCUUCCCCACUCUCUUACAUCCCAAUACCAGGGACAGAGCUGACUGACAAGAUGACUUUCAUUCAGCGUGUCCAGAAUAUGCUCUACUUUUUCUUCACAUGUUUUCAAAUUUGGUACGUCACAGAACCAAACUACAAACCAUUUGUCCAUCGUCAUUUUGGCAGUGAUGUACAUUACAUGGAGCUGUUUCAGUCAGCAGACAUCUGGCUGAUGAGAAACGAUUUCACCUUUGAGUUCCCUCGACCCACAAUGCCAAAUGUUGUCUACAUGUCAGGAUUUCAGUGCAAACCUUCCAAGCCCCUGCCUAAAGAGCUAGAGGACUUUGUGCAGAGCUCAGGUGAACAUGGUGCCAUUGUGAUGACACUGGGGUCUGUGGUGAAAAAACUUCCAGAGGACAUCGCUGAAGACAUUGCUGCUGCUUUUGCAGAACUUCCUCAGAAGGUGAUUUGGAGGCACAAAGGCAAAAGACCAUCCACCCUUGGUAAUAACACGCAAAUCUUGGACUGGUUGCCCCAAAAUGACCUCCUGGGUCACCCCAAGACCAGAGUGUUUGUGGCCCAUGGAGGCACCAAUGGGAUACAGGAGGCCGUUUACCACGGUGUGCCCCUGGUUGGCCUGCCCCUUAUGUUUGACCAGGCUGAUAACUUCUUCAGGAUGAAAGCAAGAGGUGUGGCCAAAGUCCUUGAUAUUGCAACAGUGAACAAAGAAAACUUCUUGGAGGCGCUAAAGGAGGUACUCUACCAACCAUCCUACAGGGAGAAGAUGAAGGAGCUGUCCAGCAUCCAAAGAGAUCAGCCUACGAAACCGCUGGACCGAGCCAUGUUCUGGAUCGAGUUUGUCAUGCGGCACAAAGGAGCGGCGCACUUAAGGACGGAGUCUUACAAGAUGUCCAGCAUCCAGUACUACUCGAUCGAUGUGGCAGCCUUUCUGCUGGCAGUUAUUCUGCUAGUAUUUACCAUUUUUGUUUCAGCAGUCAGGUUUCUGUUGCGUAAGUUAUUUUACAGAAACAAAGUCAAAAAGGAAUGAUGAUUGUGUUGCAAAAUUUGUAACCACUUACUUCUGUUUUUAGUUUCUGAAAAUGAGCUCAAUAUAAAUGUUUUUUGAAUUUUCAUCUCGUCAAGUGUGAAUACAGAUAAACAAGACAAUGUUGCUGACUGACAUUACUGAUUAUGUAUAAUCUUUAUAAUCCAUACAUGUACCCUUCAAAAAGUUAAAUGAAAUUAAAAUGUAAUUACAGGAAAAAAAACAUUCGCAAUUUGGCCAUUAUAUUUACCAUAAUACAGACACAGUGUGCAAUAUAUAUAUAAUGAAAACCAUACUGUUGCACUGUCUUACCUGUCAGCAUUAAUUACAAUCUGUCAGGAUUGGUUAUUUAAGAAAAUGGCUAAAUGUUUUUAUUGCUGAUGUAAUUAUUAAUCUUGCUAUAUUAAUAAUCACUACAUGAUUUUGGGAUUUCUGCUAUCUAAUUAGUUUGCAGCUUCAAAAAACACAAUUAAAAUUCUUAAUAAUAGUUUUGUCUUUUAAACCUUUGAUGUCUACAAAUGUUUGGACACACCUUCUCAUUUAAUGGGUUUUCUUUAUUUUCUUGAGUAUUUACAUUGUAGACUCUCUGUCAAGGCAUCAAAACUAUGAAUAAACACAUACCGAAUUUAAA